CGAUAGUGCCAGCGAUAGUUUUCCAGUUCUAGUUUGAUUCCUAAGCACAGAGUAAAAAUGGCGGAUGUUGAGUUAUCGAAGGCGUUAAGAGAUUUACCGAAUCGAGUACUUUCAGUUUCUAUAGAAGAGCGGCCCGAUCUGUUCCGUAAUGUUGCGUCCAUCUUGAACAAUCCUGGAGUUAAUGCUGCUAUUGUUAAAGGGAUAUGUAAAGUUAUUGGCACAACGUUGUUUAAGUAUAAGGAUUCGCCCUCUCAACUUCUUGUAAGAAAUUUGAUUGUGGAUAUUAUUAAACGCCAUCAUGACGCGGCCGUAGAAAAUUUUUGUGCAGUAAUAAAGUCGGUUAUAAAUAAGGAUCUUACCACGUUUCAGCCUCAGAAAUCGGCAAAAUUUUCUCUAAUUGCUAUAGGAUGGACAGAUAUAAUAAUAAAAACUGCUGACAUCAACUCGAAAAUUUUUAUAGCAGAGUACACUAAAAUAGUAGAUUAUCAAAGCUUAUUGUAUCAACAUAUUCUCCUCUCCCGUAACACGCGUAUAAUAGAAAUGGGAGAGAAAAUAUUUUUUGAUUCGUGGCAAAAUAUCGAGAUAUACAAACUAUGUUUUUCCACAGCCAUAGGAAAAGAACCUUCGUGCAACAUUGUUAUUUUUUUAAUGCUUCUCGUACGAUUCGAGAAAAGUAUUAAUCGUGAAGAUUAUUUUGGCAAGUACAAAUGUGAAUUACGUGAUCACUUUGUAAAAGGAAUUAUAAUGAACAAAACGAAGCUCAACGAUACUCUAAUAUUUGCAUGUCGACCGUUGUUGCAAGUACUUACUCAAAUAGAAUUUGAAGAAAGCAUUUAUCCGGCUUUGCAUAAAUCUAUCUUAAGGAGUCCUGAGGUGUCUAUAAAAACCAUGAGCAUAGUUCUACUUGAGUUAAAUAUAGAUUUAAGCCAAUAUGCGAUGUCUUUUGGAAAAAUCCUAUUGCAAAAUUUGUAUUGCAAGAACGAUAAAACUAGGCAUGAAUCUCUGGAAACUUUGAAGAAUUUAUCGCAAAAAUGUGUGACGCUCGACUCGGUGGAAUUUUUGCUAAAUGGAAUUUUUGCUAUUCUUAACGGACAAAACGGCAAAAUAACUGUAGCCGAGUAUAGGAUGAAUCUUAUUCAGGCCGCAGGAUACUUAAGUUUCAACUCAAUUUCCACUAAUGACACUUCAAGGAUAUUGCAUCUCGUUGUGGAUUUAUUUUCGAAAGCCUUGAUAGCUGAAAUUCAAGAGCGGGUUAUAUGCCACACCUUGGACAUGUUUAGUUUGUGGGUGACAAAGUUUUUGGGCGAACUACCGAAAUCAAUCAUAUAUAUCUUUGAAAGAGGACUGGACCUGAAAACAACAACUCAACCUGUUCGAAUAGCGUAUCUUCAAUGGCUUCUAGCUGCUCUUCAAAAUGGUAGAUUACACGCGGAGUCAAAAAUUACUCCCCUUCUUCUUCCGCUAGUUGAAAAAGGUUUACAAAAUCCCCUACAAAUUCCCCUUGUAUGUGAGGCACUUUGCGCUGCUUGUAUUAUAUUGAAAACAGAAUGCCCGCUGCACAAUAUUACCUUAAGCAAUUUUUGGAGCGUCGUAUUCGACAUGAAUAAACAAUUGUUCUUUUCCGAGCGGUUUAUGUUCGCUGCACCUGCCGAAUCAUUGUGCUAUGUAUCAUUGAUGGCUGAAAAGUUGUUAACGCAAUAUCCAAGCAAACUGAAAGGUACCCUUAAUAUUAUAUUCAAAGCUAUAGUUUGCAAUUUGUUAUCGAAUUCUCAAAAAGUAAGAUCAUACACUUUAUCUUUGCUGCCAAAUAUAUUCCAUUCAAUCGACGGCGUUACGUAUAUUAAAUCCAUUAUAAUAGAAAUCGAAAGCCAGAUAGAUAAUUUAAAAUUUGAUGAUGAAAAUGAAGGCAAUUAUGAAGAAAUUCUAGCUUGUGCAAAUACUUUGGUAGAAGUAAUACAAUGCAUUUUUAAUUUUGAGAAACUUCCUGUAAGUGAUGCUAUAAAGCUAUCGUUACAAGUUCUAAUUAUAUGUCACCACCCUGCUGUGGUAAUUAAAGAACCAUUUUUAUGGGAAAAGAUUUUAAAAUUGAAUUUUAAAUUGGAUCCAGAGAAAUUUAUUUCGCUAAAUGCUGAACAAAUUAAAGAACUUUUAAUUGAAAAAUUCGAAAAGAAAAAAGCAUAUUCAAAUGCUAUCUCUACUGUUGUUCGGUCGAGCCCUGGAGUAAUGUUACCAGCAUUUAUAAAAAAAAUUAUAGCUGAUUUAAAAACUGUUGAUUCCGGUGUUGUUUCCGGCGAAGAAUAUUCCAUAUACUUAAUUGCAAAGGCGGAACAAUGCAAUAAAAGAAAUGGUAAUGAUAUGUUAUCAGCAGGAUAUACGCGAGAUAAUCAUUAUAACAAAUCUCAAAUAGAAAAAAUACAGUUAGGAAAUGAAUGUGACCAAAGGCGAUGCAAGGGCAGAACGAAUAUUUCAGAAUAUAACCAAAAACAGCAAGAAGCCUUAAAAAAUCAAAUUGAAAAAGAAAACUGCAUAAAAGAUCGUGUUGACCUUUUGAAUAAAAAAUUAACUAAUGCAACUUUCAUGCUAGAAUCAGCAUAUUCUGGCAAUCCUAUGGCAGUUUCCCUACAUUUCCACGAAUUAUUGAUGCCAAUUUUAAAACUGUUAAAAUUACCACUUGCAGCGGAAAUUUUGUCAAAGCUGUAUAUAAAACUAAGCGAGGUAUGUUUUGAGGACUGCAUUGAACUGGGAAAAGAUUUAGCGGUGACUACUAUUCGGUUAGUAAAUCCGCAGUGCGAUCACCCAAAUGAAUGGAUUUUAAACAACAUCGAUGAUAAUGCUAUUAGAACCUUACUAGAAGUUCAAAGACACUUAGUAAGAUAUAUUAAUGAUGCAAAUAAAUCUACAUCGCAUAACUGUUUCAACGCACCGUCCUUCUCUUAUGCAUUUGAGUUUUUGAAACGCGUACUUGUUACAAAUUCCAUAGCCAACAGUGAGGAACUUACAUUGAUUGGUAUGCAAAUAAUUGAAAAUCAUGCUCAAAUGAGAGGACGUACCGUACACGGGGAUGUGACAGAUUUCAAUCAUCCUAAAUAUAUGCCUCGAUUAGAAAUGUUGAAAUUGUUGCUAUAUUUAAUUAAUGGUUACCAAGGUAGAGUUCAGACCAAAGCUUCAUCUGUACUUUUGGAAGUGGCAAACUUGAGUUCUGGCGAAGAUUAUUGUGGACAUGCUACUGGAGAUGAAAUUGAGAUAUUAUUACAUUCAUUACAAAGCGGCAAAGAAGCCGUGAGGGAAGUUUCACUAAGAGCACUCAAAAUUAUAAAGAAAUGUUUUUUGAACGAAGGCAUGAUGAAUAGUGAUUUAAAAUCUCGGAUGAAAAUCCGUGUGUGGAUAGCAAGGCACGACACAUCUGCUGAAAAUCGUGCUUUAGCGGCUGAUUUAUGGGAUUAUUCUAAGUUUGUUGUACCUAGUUUGGACGAACUUUUUUCAGAUGUCACUCAUAAAGAGCUAUGUAUACAAAAGGCAACGGCACAUUCCUUGUUAUCACUGCUUGUCAACGAUCAAGAGCGGACUAAAUAUGUACUUAAAUCCUUGCUUGACAUUUACAAGGAAAAAUUAACCAUGAUUCCUCCUCAAUUGGAUCAAUUUGAUCGAGAAGUUUUUCCCGCGAUUGAUCAAUGGGAACCGCGCAGGGGUAUUGCAAUAUCAAUUUCUCAAAUUUGUAAAUUUUUUGAUAUUGAAGAUGUGGAUCAAAUUAUGCAAUUUAUGGUUUUGCAAGGCUUUGGAGAUCGUAACGAAAUCGUUCAUAAAGAAAUGCUUGCUGCCGCUCUUUGCAUAGUCGAUUUUCAUGGCAAAGAAACAAUAGUUAAUUUAUUACCCGUAUUUGAAGAUUUUUUGGAUAAAGCACCCAAAUCUAAAAGCUAUGACAAUGUUAGACAGGCUGUCGUUAUCAUAAUGGGAUCAUUAGCGCGACACUUAGAAGCUGACGAUAUUCGAAUAGAACCCAUAGUUCGAAGAUUGAUUGCGGCAUUAUCAACUCCUUCUCAGCAAGUACAAGAAGCGGUGUCAAAUUGUUUACCCCAUUUAAUCCCAUCAGUGCGAGACAAGGCUCCCGAGAUUAUAAAAAAAUUGUUACAGUUACUAAUAAAGUCUGAUAAAUAUGGGGAGAGGAGGGGAGCAGCUUAUGGAAUAGCAGGUAUUGUUAAGGGUUUGGGAAUCUUGUCCCUAAAGCAAUUCGACAUAAUGUCUAAGUUAACCACAUUUAUACAAGAGAAGAAAAAUUACAAAUCUAGGGAAGGCGCACUUUUCGCGUUUGAAGUACUAUGUACAACUCUUGGCCGUUUAUUUGAGCCAUAUAUUGUGCAUGUACUACCUCAUCUACUGCAAUGUUUUGGAGAUUCCUCGCAAUAUGUACGACAAGCGGCUGAUGAUACUGCAAAGGUCGUUAUGGGGAGGCUAUCAGCUCAUGGAGUCAAACUUAUUCUCCCGUCUCUACUUAAUGCUUUAGACGAGGAUUCUUGGAGGACUAAGACGGCUUCGGUUGAACUCCUGGGAGCAAUGGCAUUCUGUGCGCCAAAGCAAUUGUCAUCAUGUUUACCAAACAUUGUUCCAAAGCUGAUAGAAGUUCUUGGUGAUUCCCACACAAAAGUGCAAGAGGCUGGUGCUUGCGCGCUAAAAGUUAUUGGAUCCGUUAUUAAAAAUCCAGAAAUCCAAGCCAUCGUCCCUAUUUUGUUGACAGCUUUGGAAGAUCCAUCGAAAAAUACAUCAACUUGCCUUCACAGUUUGCUUCAAACAAAGUUUGUACAUUUUAUUGAUGCUCCAUCCCUUGCACUCAUAAUGCCUGUUGUAGAAAGGGCGUUCAUGGAUAGAUCUACAGAAACACGAAAAAUGGCUGCUCAAAUCAUUGGAAACAUGUACUCUCUAACUGAUCAAAAAGAUUUAGUUCCAUACUUGCCCAACAUAAUUCCUGGUCUAAAAAUGUCAUUGCUUGACCCGGUGCCUGAAGUAAGAGCUAUUUCUGCGCGAGCCUUGGGAGCAAUGGUGCGUGGAAUUGGGGAAUCUUCGUUUGAAGAUCUACUACCGUGGUUAAUGCAAACCCUUACCUCCGAAACUAGCAGCGUUGAUCGCAGCGGUGCCGCUCAAGGCCUUGCAGAGGUCGUUGGUGGUCUAGGUGUGGAUAAACUACAUCAAUUAAUGCCAGAUAUUAUCGCUACUUCCGAAAGAACGGAUAUUGCUCCACAUGUUAAAGAUGGAUAUAUCAUGAUGUUUAUAUACAUGCCCGGACCCUUUCCUAGAGAAUUUACUCCUUACAUUGGACAAAUAAUAAAUCCGAUAUUAAAAGCAUUGGCGGAUGAAAAUGAAUAUGUUCGCGAUACAGCAUUAAAAGCUGGACAACGUAUUGUCAAUUUGUAUGCAGAAUCUGCAGUAAUGCUUCUUCUUCCGGAAUUAGAAAAAGGAUUGUUUGAUGAUAACUGGCGAAUUCGAUUUAGCUCUGUUCAACUAUUAGGUGAUUUGUUAUAUAGAAUAUCCGGAGUGUCUGGAAAGAUGACUACGGAAACGGCUAGCGAGGAUGAUAAUUUUGGAACCGAACAGUCACAUAGUGCCAUAAUAAAAUUUUUAGGCGAAGAAAGGCGAAAUAGAGUUCUAUCGGGACUUUAUAUGGGGCGAAGUGAUGUAUCAUUAAUGGUGCGACAAGCAGCUCUACAUGUUUGGAAAGUGGUUGUAACAAACACACCCCGCACGCUAAGAGAAAUUUUACCUACCUUAUUCGGGUUGUUGUUGGGCUGUUUAGCUAGCACAAGCUAUGAUAAACGACAAGUUGCCGCGCGUACUCUAGGUGAUCUUGUAAGAAAACUAGGAGAAAGAGUACUUCCCGAGAUAAUUCCAAUUUUGGAGAAGGGUCUAAAUUCAGAACACGCAGAUCAGCGUCAAGGCGUUUGUAUCGGCUUAUCGGAAAUAAUGGCAUCAACUUCCAAAGAAAUGGUAUUUUCAUUUGUUAACAGUCUAGUUCCAACUGUAAGAAGAGCUUUAUCUGAUCCAUUGCCAGAAGUCAGAGAAGCUGCAGCAAAAACUUUCGAUUCAUUGCAUUCUACCGUUGGCUCACGUGCACUUGAUGAUAUCUUACCAUCAAUGUUGGAAGGUCUAAACGACCCCAAUCCAGCAGUUGCAGAAAAUACUUUGGAUGGCCUUCGCCAAGUCAUGACAAUUAAGUCGCGGGUAGUGUUGCCGUUCCUUGUUCCUCAACUAACGACAGCGCCAGUUAAUACGAAGGCCCUUUCCAUUUUAGUAUCAGUUGCAGGAGAUGCGUUGACAAAAUAUUUACCUAAAAUUUUAAAUGCGUUACUUCAAACAUUGUCGGACUCUCAAGGAACUUCAUGUGAACAACAAGAACUAGACUAUUGUCAAUCAGUUAUCCUAUCAGUAACAGACGAAACCGGUAUUCGUACAAUUGUGGACAUUUUAAUGACAUCUGCGAAGGCUGAGAACGUGAAGACACGAAAAUCGGCGGCAAGUUUACUUUCUGCUUUCUGUACACACACUCCCGGCGAUUAUUCACAGUAUGUACCUCAAUUGCUACGUUGUUUAUUGCGAUUGAUGGCCGAUUCAAAUCGUGAUAUUCUUCAAAGAUCAUGGGAUGCCUUAAACGCGGUUGUGAGAGGCUUAGAUUCAAACCAGCAAAUCGCCCAUGUGUCUGACGUUAGGCAAGCUGUUAGAUUCGCUGCAAGUGAAUUAAAUGGUUCCGAACUGCCAGGUUUUUGCCUUCCAAAAGGAAUUACUCCUUUGCUUCCUAUUUUUCGAGAGGCAAUUUUAAAUGGUAUGCCAGAUGUAAAAGAAAAUGCUACUCAAGGGCUAGGUGAAGUCAUUGCAUUAACAAAUGCUCAAUCCUUACAGCCAUCCGUUGUUCAAAUAACCGGACCAUUAAUACGUAUUUUGGGAGACCGUUUUAAUGCGGGAGUUAAAGCGGCAGUACUAGAAUCACUAGCUAUUUUGCUGCGAAAGGUAGGGGUCAUGUUGAAACAGUUUUUGCCACAGCUGCAAACAACAUUCCUGAAAGCUUUAAACGAUCCAAAUAAAACUGUACGCAUGAAAGCCGGGCAAGCUGUAACAGAACUUGUAAUUGUUCAUUCCCGUCCUGAUCCAAUAUUUAAUGAAAUUCACAAUGCUAUCAAGUCGAGCGAAGAUUCCUCCUUACGAGAAACUAUGUUAGCAGCUAUGCGUUCGCUUAUCACUUUUGCUGGGGUAAAAAUGUCCGAAGGUUUUAAAAAACAAGCCUUUACUACUCUUCUAACUAUGAUAGCUCAUUCAGAAGAUAUUACUCGGUCUGCUUCGGGAGGCUGUCUGGGCGCACUUCUGAAAUAUUUAGCAUCUCAGCAAUUGGAGGAUAUACUACAGCAGCACAUACUGAUUGUAAGCAACGAGGAUGGUCCGUUAAAACAUGGUCGCACCACAGUUCUUUUCGUCGCAAUAAAGGAGAGUCCUGACGUAAUUGUAACCGCGAAAUUUGAAGAGAAGGUAAUAGAAAUAAUUAUUAAUAGCAUUUCCUCUGAAAAGGUUAAUAUUGCUAGCAACGGUGUUCGCGCAAUAACUUGCUUGUUACAAUUUUAUUUGUCAAAUGAUCUUCCUUACUCACCGUUAAUCGUUUCAAGUUUUACUCGAGCUAUGAACCAUAAGAGCAAUGAAAUAAAACAACUUGUUGCCAAAUGUUGUAAUUAUUUAGCAAAGGAGCUAACCGCAAAUAAGAUGACCCCAAAUAUUUUAAAAUUGCUUGUACCGAUGUUAGUUAAUGGCACCAAAGAAAAAAAUGGCUAUGUGAAGUCCAAUUCUGAAAUAGCUUUAAUAGCAAUUCUACAUCUACGUGAUAACGAUACUACUUUUAAUUUGGUAUGCCAAAUUUUGGAGAUUGGUGCGAGAGAAUCUUUAAAUGAGGUUGUGAACAAAGUUUUACGUAAAGUUGCUGUUCAGCCUGUUGGAAAGGAUGAAGAAUUUGAUGAUACAAUUUUAAACUAAGCCAGUUGUGUAUGUAGAUUGUACUAUAAAUUUAAUUUGAAGUCUAUUGUUGUGUCAGCUACUAUUAUAAAUUAAAAAAAUAAACCAAACCACAAAAAAUUUACAACGAUGAUGCCCAA